AUGUGGCUACCUACUUUCGACGGGUCAAUCGAAGAAUGGUCUUCUUUCUAUGAUAUUUUUUUAGCAAUGAUUGGCCGUAACGAAGACCUGACCCCGGUCCAAAAACUGCAAUAUCUGCAGUCAACUUUGAUCGAAAUAUUACAAGAAAAAUUCGAUUGCCCACGUCGAAUAAUUCUACAUCAUUGCGAUGCACUGCGUAAUAUUCCAAAAUUAUCGAAAGACACACCAGAGGCCUUGAAUAAUUUGAUAGAUCUUAUUACCCAACAUCUUCGGGCACUGAAAAAUUUAGGUGAGAACGUGGCAUCAUGGAACAGUAUCCUGUUGUCCAUAAUACUAUCGAAAUUAAUUAAUGACACAAUUUGGCAUUGGGAAUUGACCCUUAAAGACAAAAGGAAAAUACCGGAAUACACAGAGCUUCUUCAAUUUUUGGAAAGACGAGCAAGCUGCACGCUUUCGUCAUGCUCAAAAUCCAACACAUCAACAGGACGAAACGAAACAAAGGAUCAUGAUAUUACUAAAUUAAGUAAUAAGCGAUCAUCACGAGGUCAUGCAUUUCUAUUAUCAAAAUCUCAGCGAAAUCACCCGUAUAAAAAUGUAUCAACCAAUAAAUCUCAAACAGCAGGUUCAAUCCAACGCUGCCCUAUCUGCAAGCAAGGUCAUGUGAUCUGGACGUGUGAACAAUUUAAUAGCUUAUCAGUUCAAGAUACGAGAAUGGCUGCGGAAAGAGCAUCGUUAUGCUUUAAUAGUUUGAGGGAAGUGCAUACUGUGAAAUCUUGCAGGAAGGGAAAUUGUCAAAUUUGCCAUAAACGUCACAAUACACCAUUGCAUUUAUCAACAAAUUCUACAAAUUCACCGUCUCAGUGUUCAGCAGAUUCGCAUCAUACCACGAAUCACAAGAAACCAACAAAUUGA